CUUAAUGGCUGAACGAGCGAAUUUUCAAAGCAUUUAAUGAGCCAACUGCAGUGACAACACAUGCGACAGCAUCUGCCUAUUGAACUGAACCAACUAUAAAUGGCAACUAGUUGAAAUUUAUGCGAAAAGUUGUGCAAAGUAAUAAGCAAGCGACGCCAGCAACAAGAACAACAGCCGUAAACAAACGGCAAAACCAAACAACUAUCAAGCACAAGAAACAGCAAACAAAAAGCGCUUAAAUCAGCAAGAGGCGCAGCUUAUAUCAAAAAGAAAGCACGCGUGCAGCUCUGAAGACUCAAGACGAGAAACAAGGACGAAAGGGAAUGACUCAAGGCGGAGCAACAAUAGAAGGGAUGUAAAAAGUUUGUACACGCAUAAAGAUAUAACCAACACGAUACGGCAUAAAAGAGGAUAAGGAAACGUUGCCAAAGAGCGCACAUCAUAUCACAUCAUAUCGUAUUAUAAUACCAGACUGCAGACAGUCUACCAGCAGACAGGAUAAAGGAUUAUUAUGCUGUAAACAUGAAAUACACUUACGAUAUACGCAUCUUUGUCCUCAUUUGCUGUUUGCUGCAAGGUCUCACACUUGGCCUGCGCAUGAUUAAGGUAUCAAUACCAUCCUACAAGCUGAGAGGCGAGUCCGCCUACCUAGAAUGCCAGUACGAGCUGAAUCGCACCCACAGCGGCAAGCACGUCCAUGGACAUGACCAGGAUCGGGAUCGGGAUCGGGAUCACGAUCGCACCCACACAGACAACAUGCAUGAGAUGCACUACGUCGAUGUGGACGAGCGCGAUGAUGAACGGGCGGCCUACAGGCGCAUGCGCAACUAUCAACAGCAACAACAACAGCAGCUGCAGCAGCAGCAGCAGAGACAUGGCUCCCGCCGCCAGCAACAGCAGAAGCCCAUAGCUAUGCGUCAGUACCAGGCGGGAACGUACCAGCAACAGCCACCAAUGUCGCAGCCGUCACCUUACGGGCAUAGCGUUUAUCGUGGCAGCGCUGCCUCCGGCUAUCUGGCUGGUGGUCAUGUGGGUGCCAGCACUUUCAAUAGCCGUACCAGUGGCAGCAGCGGCGGCAGUGCUGGCAACUCCGGCUCCUCCAUCUACAUGCCCGAUUUCGAACGCGGGGACAGCUUCGAGGAGAGCGCCGAAGAGGAAGAGCAACCAGAACAGGAGGGCGAGGCUCUGUACGCCAUUAAGUGGUACAAGGACAAUGAGGAAUUCUAUCGCUAUGUGCCAAAGGCGCGGCCGCCCAAGACCAGCUACCGAGUGGAUGGCGUGCGCGUUAUUGAGGAACUAUCGGAUAGCUCACGGGUUCUGUUGCGCGGCCUGACGCUCAACUCGACGGGCGUCUAUCGUUGUGAAGUCUCCGCGGAAGCGCCAAAUUUCUCAUCAGUGCAGGGCGAGGGCCGCAUGGACAUUGUUUUUCUGCCACGCGACGGCCCACACAUCAAGGGUCAACAGUAUCAGUAUCAAAUUGGAGAAUACUUAUAUUUAAAUUGCACAUCGGGGAAAUCACACCCGGCCUCCCAUCUGCAGUGGUUCGUCAAUGAGCAGCCGAUACUGGACGAGCACUACCUGUACAAAUACAACGAUAUUGUGCACAAACAUGGCCUAAUCACGUCAACGUUGGGUCUGCAGCUGGCGCUGGAGCCGCGACACUUUCACGACGGCGACAUGCGCGUCAAAUGCCUGGCCAGCAUAUCGCCGGUGCUGUGGAAGGGCGGCAAGGAGAGCGUCCUGCAGCGCCGCCCCGGCAUCAUUGACAACCGCGAGGCCAUGCUGCUAGGUGAGUAA